AUGGGGUCACGAGAAGAAAUGGCGCAUUCUCUUCCCGUUCUCCUUGAGAACAUACAUAGUACACCUUCCUCUAUCUCUCGCCCUCACUAUCAGGGGUCUGGGAUUGAGCAACGCUGCGCCUGCAAAUGCCAGUAA